UAUUUGGUUUCCCUCUUGCUUACUGUCUAUUUAAGUAUAUUUUAGUAACUUUGUAUUUCUAGCUUGCUUCUUGUUUCAUCUAGUUUGGUAGAUCCAUGAGAAUUCAAAGUGACUGAGAUGCUGUGAAAUCCGGUAGCUUAUUGGGAUCCUGGGAAAGGAACAAAGACCUGAUUUGUACCUUGAUUGGAAAUGUGGAACCUACAAGGACACAGUGAAAUGUGUUUGAAUUCUCUGCUUCUUUACUCCUGGUCAUAAGGAAGUCAUGAAGAUCCUUGCAAAGGAAGAUAAGCCCCUCGUCUUGAAAUAGCCAUAUUCCAAUCGUGUGUGCCAGAAAUCUUGGAAAUUGAAACCUUCAACCGUGAACCAGGUCUGAGCUGUUUUCCUCAUUGGCUCUUGGGAUUUGAUUUCAACGGCCCCAAUGUUACAUGAGUGGAGCAAAGAGCCUUAAGGAAAGUCCGCCUAGAUGGAGGGCUGAACGUCAGAUCUCGACCAAACUCCUUUUGCUUAACAUGUGGCUGAUCUUAUCAAGGAGGAUGGACAGUAAUGAAACACAUUAUAAGUACUCCAAAAAAUUCUAAAUACACAGAAGACCAGACAAAAUUACAUGAAAGGUAUGCUGUGGAAUUCGUAUUCAUAACAGGAAAAAAGUCCCAUUUUAUGGUUGCAUUGGUUGAACUGAAUGAACACAUUUUGGAAGAAGAUCGGGUGAAAAAAAAUCAUUGAGCAGAAAUUUAUAGAAAAAAAUUUAAUUUUGUGGAUCCUCUUCAUGCCUGUCCAGACAAUGCAAGGGAGUAAAAAAUACACAGAUGGACUCAGUGACUCUUCAAGCAUCGGGAGUGUCUUGGAUGAUGCAGAUAGAGAAGUCAGCAAUCUCACUGACCGGGCUUUUAGAAGUUUGUGCAUUUCAGAGGACACAUCCUUCAAUGACUCCAAUCUUGUCAUUUCACCAGAUUUUGCCCAGCAGUUUUUUGGUAGCUUUCAACAGGGAACAGGCAGCCACACCAUAAAGAAAAGUAAUCUCUGCAACAGGAUACAAGCACAUGGGAAUGAAAAUGCAGGUUGGGCAUCUACAUUCCAACAACUGCCCAAGUAUGUCCAAGGAGAGGAAAGAUACCCCAAAAGCAAUUCACCACCACCAGUUACCACACGGAGAAAACUGGAGAUCCCAGUUUCUGGUAUGAGGAGUAGUAAACCUGUCUCCAAAGUAUCUUCAUUAAUUAAAUCUUUUGAUAGGACAGAAAAUCCAAGUUCUGACAGUCUGCCUCCCACCAGCAAACAGCCUGCUUUAAAAAAUCCUCUGAAAUGUGUACCUCUCCCAGGAGUUGGUGUGAAUUUCUGCAUGGAUUCAGCUUUUUUAACCGUCAGGAAGGUACCUGCUGAAAUUUCCAACACAUAUCAAAAUACCAGUUGGUCUGGUGGCAGACAGGGGACACCGAAUUCACCAAGUACGAAUGACCUAACAUGUAGUACUGAUGAUUUUCAAACAGCCCCUGUGGAUGCUUCUAAUCUUCCACCAACAAAGGCAGCAAAGAGUAAGACUGGAAAAGCGAAUGAAAGGGCAAGCAAAGGGAAUUUUCUUCAUAGUGAAAACAGUGCCUUUGAGUCAUGGAAUGCACAUCACAAGAAAUUGUUUGAAAGGAAGGAAGCUGAUGAACUGAUUCCAGAAACCAAAGCACCUUCAAACUAUGAGAAAAACAUACUACCAAAAGAGAUCUACCCAAGCAGACAUGAAACAUCACCCAGCCACACCAGAGUACAUGUGAAGCCAGAAGAGAAAUCUCUGGUGGCAGGGACUCCAUCCACUUCUCUAUCUCAAGUGUCUAAUGUUCGAUCAGCUCCUGAAUCCCAAAGCUUUACUAUGGAGGAGAAGGCUCCCAGUUCAGAGACCAAAGUUCAGUUGGAAACUUCACGAGCUCCAUGGAGAAGAUCAAAAAUCAACAAAGGAGGAAAAGAGAGAACACAUGAGCCUUCAGAUAAAAAGAAAACCAAUGGGAAAGGCUCACCUUUGUAUAAAAAAUCAGAUCCUACAGGAGAGUUUCCUGAAAGUGAUAUCAUAGAAGAACAAGUAAACUCAAAUGAAUGCUACGAUCCUCCUUUUAACAUCAGUAAGCUUUUGACACCUGUCAUACCAACAAAGCAUGUUCUAGACUCAAUAGAAAAUCAGUCAGAGUUGGCAACACUUCCUCCCCCAGAAAAGUCAAUGGGAUCAAAUGAACAAGAGGGACUUAAUGAAUAUCAGUCUCGAGAGAGUUAUAAAUCAAAAGUGCCCAGUUUGUUAUUCAAUCUCAAAGAUGUCCGAAAACGAGUCAAGAGUACUUAUAGUUCCUCCCCUCUCCUAAAAAGCCAUGAUGAAAAAACAAAAGCUAGGGAUCAUGGAAAGCAAGAAAAUAUAAGCAAUGGCACUUUUAUGUCCAAUGGAUCUGAAGAAAUUCUCCCCCACAUGUCAACCAAGGAUAAACUGAACCACCAACUCUAUGUCAAUACCAAGGAGAAGGACCAUAAAGGAGAUAUUAAUGGAGACUUCACAGAUAAUUACCUAACUCUUAGCUCACCUCAGACUAUAGAAGAACCUUCCUUCUAUGUCAAUGGGGAAUCUUCAGAACAGAAUGGUUUAAAGAAUGAUGACUUAGUCAUCAAAAAUCCUAAGAACAACGAUAUAGACUCUCAGCAGUAUCAUCACCAAAUAAAUGAACAUAAUUUAAGAAAAAGUAAGCCUCGCCUCUCCUUGAAACUUUGCAGUAGAGAUCUAACAGAAGGAAAAGUUGAAGAGAAACUGAGUAUUCAUCACCUUGAAAAUGGAUUACCAAGAUCCAUUUCCCAAGAGACCGACCAUGAGAGAGAUGCAGGAUCACAUAAUGCAAAUUUCAACCAGAAAAUCUCACCAGGUCCACUUUCCCCAGAGGAAGAAGACGUGUUCUAUAGUGAUACCCAAUCUGAUUUCAUGCCAAACCUCAAAAGCAAGUCCAAAAUAAGCACUAGUUCUUCAGACCAAUCUUUUGCCUCAUUUGAAGAUCAGCAGAAAAUAUGGUUUACAGAAAGCCAAAGGGAAGACAGAAAAAGUAGUGGGAGCCUAGAGGAAAGUCAGAAAAUUGAAAAGAAAGAAAAGGAUCUAAGAAAGGAUGAUUUACAAUACUAUGCUUUAAGUAAUGGCUUUGUUAGUGUUGAAGACAGUACCAAAGAGGAAAUGUCUCAGAGAGAAGGUGAAAGCAUGUCUAGAGAUAGAGUAAUGAUGGAGUCAAAGGAAGAAGCUGAUUGCAGAGAUACUUGUUUAGAAGAAAAUGAGAAUAUUUCUCUUCCUGAUAGCAAGGAUCCUCCAUUAUCCCCUUCCCCAAAUUCAAAUAAGCAUAUUAUGUUUACAAUCAAAGACAAUACCUUUAAAUCAUCUCCAGUGAUUAAGCCUAUCAUAUUACCCCUACUGAGGACUCCAUCCUCAGAAAAUGCUCUUAGCAAUAGCCAGAAAGAAGUAGAGAGCAGAUUGACAGAACAUGGUGAGAACACUCACCUUUACCAGCUGGAAUCGCAAGAUAUACCAAAUGCUCAAAAAACUAGUCAUCCCCCAACAUCAAGCAGUCAAUCUAGUGCCUACAAAAAACCCUACAGGAGCAUAAGUGAUAGUGGACAGGUUUUUGGAUCAGUAAAGAUGGAAAAUGUCCAGCCAAUGUCAGAAGCUACUCUUUUGGAACAUGACAGCAACUCCUCAUUCUUCCCAUGUAUAAAAAAUAGUGAUAGUGUCAGGCCUACUCAAAAUUUAUCAAAUAAAAUUGUGGGAAAUGACCUUGAAAAUGAUUACAAGAAUAAACAGAAACCUAUUUCCUUCAGAGUCAAACCUACCAUCAUUUUGCCAAAUGAAGAUUCUGGAGAUCAUCCACCAGCAAACCAAUUAAGUGGCACCCAUUCAGAAGAGAAAAUUCAUUGCUCUAGAAACCGCUUACUGUCCACGCCCAGGGAAGGGUCUUUAGUGAAAAAUAUAGUUCCUAGUGAGAUGAUGAACUCACCGAUAGCCAGCUCCAUAAUAGACGGCAGUGUUUAUUCCCCUGCAGCCAGCACCAUAUUGGAUGAUGCACUACAAGGUACUCCAGAUUCAGGUACAUCACAGGGGGAUUUGUCAAAUUCAGCCAUAAUAAGCCCCUUACCCAGCACAUGUUCCAGCAUAACUAGCUUAGGAUCAGAGAAAAGAACCAGCACCAAAAUAGCAAGGGAAGACAUCACACAUGCUCUGGUACCAAAUACAGGAGAUAACCCCCAAUUUGAUUCAUCUGCUGAAGAAACCAUGGCUUUGUCUAGACGAGAUGCAUUGUUGGAGGAGACUAGCAGCUGGACAGCUCCCUAUGAGCUACCACAGUCCAUGGAAAAGCCAAUGAACAAACCACCAGCUGUCCCGCCAAAAACCGAAAAAGCUCUAAGACGAGCAAAGAAAUUGGCAAGCAAAAGGAAAAAGAUGGACUUGCAGCAAGAGAAAUUGUCUGAAAUCCAGGAGGAAAACCCACAGAUGGAGGGUGCCGAUGUGAUUUGGAAAAGACCUUUAUCUGCUGCAGAGAUUGCACGAUCCAACUUCCCCCGAGUCCGUUCCCUUCCACCUCCUGUCCACCGGCACUCAGUGGCUACCCUCUCUGAGUCUAUUAGGAGGAGGCCCAGUGGUGCUCAGUCAGUAAUCCCUAUGUCCUCCCACCCUGCCACUCAGAAAAAAGUCCUCCAGGAUCCUCACUCUGGAGAGUACUUUGUGUUUGAUCUACCACUCCAGGUACGAAUCAAGACAUUCUAUGACCCAGAGACAGGCAAGUAUGUCAAAGUAUCAAUCCCUUCUUCUGAAAGGGGCUCCCCAGAAAUGCCCUCUUCGGAAAUUUUAAAUUCUCCUUAUUUAGUGUAUCCUGGCCUCCACCCUCUACCAGUGACUUCCUUAACACCUCUGAGGUCCUCCUCACAGCUCUCAGCACCCACUUUUCUAAGGCAAGAACCUCAAGCCAGGGAAUCAGCUGACCACUGGCUCCAGAGUUUCAGAGAUACUCAACACCCACGUCCUCAGUCAUAUUCCGAGCUUGUACAUAAUUCUCCAAAUCGUCGCCCAGAAGAAGCUCCACAGAAUUUAGAAAAGGACAUGAGUGAAGCUCAAAAUUUGGACAUUAUUUCCAUGGAUGACUUAGAGGACUUUGCUUCAGAAGGGAUCUCUUGAAAAUUAAAGUUAUUAGCAACCCUCUCCACUUCUCUCACCCUCCACCCCCAAAAAUAAAACACAUCCCUCUCCCAGAAUAAUUUUACAAAUAUUCAGGUAUUUCCUUGAAUAUACUUAUUUGAAAAUGACAUUUAUUGCAAAAUUUUACCCUGGAUUUCUUAAGAACAACCCAAAUUGAAUGAUUCUGUCCUCCCCAAGUUGGGUUACCCUCCCAAUGUUCAAAAAGUCUACUACUGUUUAGAUGAACGCCAAAUGUUCAAUCUAUGAGAAGGGUAGUAAUUGCAUGAAACAACCCCCACCACUUUUUCUCUCCUUCCCUCGUCCUCUCCCAUCUGCCAUCCUGCUGCCAUCCCCACUGCUGCUACUGCUGCUAAUGCCAACAGAGGAUUCAUCAACAAGAAAUCCUCUCAUUCAGGAUUGAAGUCACCAAGAGGGAGAUCUGAUACUCCAUUUGGAGAAUGUCUGUUUAGAUACCCUCCCCUAUUCUCUCCCUUUGUAAAAAUGAGGAGAUUUCCAACUCUGCCCAGGGAUGUCACAUGGACACUCCCAAGUGGGUUUGGUUGAGAGUAUUCCUUAAAUUUCAAUCAAUCAUAUAUGUAUCACACUCUUUCCCCACCCCCCACCUCCCAAAAAAGACAAAAACAAAAACAAAAUCGAAACUUUGUGAUUACUCUGCUGUGGUUUAUAAUACAAAAAAAAUUAGUAAAUAAAUUCUAUAUUUUGUUUGCAACCCAGCAGCCCCAAUUUCAUGCAGACAAAGAAAUCAUCCACAGUUUCUCAGAUUAUUUCCAGUCUCAAAUAUCUCAGGUUGAAUUCCAUGUAGCUGGCAAACUAUCGACUAAAGGCUUGAAAUUAAGGACAGUUUAAUCAUUUAUAUGGGUUAAAAAAAAAGGUAUUGUUUAUAAUGAAGCAUUCUUCUAUAGUUCAUCCUCUAAGUUUUAAAAAAAUAGCUUUUUUUUAAUGGGACAAAAAAAGUUGAUAGAUGCUACUCUUAUCUUUGGCCUGGUGUCAUUUAUUGAGAACAGUGAUGAAAUAAAGCAACUAUCUGUGGCUGCUA